AAUUUCGGGGACUAGACUGCUGCACUUGUGUGGUGUACAAAAGCUGAGGUCUUACGUAGUGCUCAGACUUCGCCGAUACAGCAAUCUGCGCCUUUCCUGGGGUCCAACCUGCCUCAUUCCCAGGCCUUUGGCUCCUGUCUCACAAAGCCGGCGUCUUGCUGCGGGAUGCCCCAGCUAGGACUCCUACCCAGAAGGGCCGGGGUUGCCCUGCUCAGCCAGUUCCUGCGACCGUCCUGCACUUUUUCCCCUGGGGCCGUCCAUUGUCAUAGCCAGGUUGCAGAGGCAGUGUUAACAUCCCAACUGAAACCACAUCAAGAGAAACCAAAUUUUAUUAUCAAGACCCCAAAGGGCACCAGGGAUCUUAGUCCCGAGCAGAUGGUUGUGAGGGAGAAAAUUCUUGAUUUGGUCAUCAGUUGCUUUAAACGUCAUGGAGCAAAGGGAUUGGAUACUCCGGCUUUUGAGCUGAAGGAAAUGCUCACUGAGAAGUAUGGAGAGGACUCUGGGCUCAUUUAUGAUCUGAAGGAUCAAGGUGGAGAGCUGUUGUCCCUUCGCUAUGACCUUACUGUCCCCUUUGCUCGUUAUCUGGCCAUGAAUAAAAUGAAGAAGAUGAAACGCUAUCAUAUUGGAAAAGUGUGGCGGCGGGAGAGCCCAACAAUGGCCCAAGGACGCUACAGGGAGUUCUGCCAGUGUGAUUUUGACAUUGCUGGUCAGUUUGAUCCUAUGAUCCCUGAUGCAGAAUGUUUGAAGAUCGUGUGUGAAAUCCUAAGUGGGCUACAGCUGGGGGACUUUCUCAUCAAGGUCAAUGACCGGCGGAUUGUGGAUGGAGUGUUUGCUGUCUGUGGUGUUCCUGAAAGCAAGUUCCGUGCCAUUGGCUCUUCAAUAGACAAACUAGACAAGAUGUCUUGGAAAGAUGUGAGACAUGAGAUGGUGGCAAAGAAAGGCCUGGCUCCUGUGGUCGCUGAUCAAAUUGGGGAUUAUGUCCAAUGUCAUGGUGGAGUGAGCCUAGUAGAGCAAAUGUUCCAAGAUCCCAGACUAUCCAAGAACAAGCAGGCCCUGGAGGGCCUAGAGGACCUGAAGCUGCUAUUUGAAUACCUAACUUUAUUUGGAAUCUCUGAAAAGAUCUCCUUUGACCUAAGCCUGGCUCGGGGCCUGGAUUACUAUACAGGAGUGAUCUAUGAAGCAAUACUGCUACAGACCCCAGCUCAGGCUGAGGAGGAUCCCCUGAGCAUUGGCAGUGUGGCUGCUGGUGGGCGUUAUGACAGGCUGGUGGGCAUGUUUGAUCCCAAGGGCCAGAGUGUGCCAUGUGUGGGGCUCAGCAUUGGGGUAGAGCGAAUAUUCUCCAUUGUGGAGCAGAGGAUGAAGACUUUAGGUGAGAAGGUACGGACCACAGAGACACAGGUGUUUGUGGCCACACCACAAAAGAACUUUCUCCAUGAACGGUUGAAGCUAAUUACAGAGCUUUGGGAUGCAGGGAUCAAGGCAGAGAUGCUAUACAAGAACAACCCUAAAUUAUUAACCCAACUUCACUAUUGUGAGAACAUGGGCAUUCCUCUGGUGGUCAUUAUUGGUGAGCAAGAACUGAAGGAAGGGGUUAUCAAGCUCCGUUCAGUGGCCAGCAGAAAGGAGGUUGCCAUUAAACGUGAAAAUUUUGUGGCUGAAGUUCAGAAGCAUCUAUGUGAAUCUUGAUCCUUGCACGAUUGCCUCUGUUGCUCUUUGUAGAAGAGUUCCUCUAGAGCUGAAUUUCUGUUGGACUUCACUACUGCUGGCCAUGAUGGGUGACAAGUAUCUUCUGCCUCCUCUAUCCUUCCUGGGUAUACAGAACUGUACAAGGCCCUGAGGACUCUUUUUU